CGCAUAAUAGUUGCUUCAGCGAAGUUGUAGUAUUCUGUUCUGCGGUUAUGUUGUAGAACUAUGGCACCUGUUAGUCGUUCAAGGAGCCGAAGCUCUUCGCCACGUAAAAGACGACACGGAAGCGACGAACGAUCCCCGGAUAGAAGAGGAAGAAGAUCUAAAUCCAGGGACCAUGGGGCUGCUAAUGAUCACCAUCGCAGCCGCUCCGCAGAGCGAACAUUCUCGAGUAGACCCCACCACGGGAAGCAAUGGGGAGACUACAUUGAGAAGGGAAAGGAGGAGAUUUUGAGGCAAAGGCAGGAGGCUUUCAUUGCAAGGCGUUUAAAAGAAAGGGAGCGAAUUGGUGAGCUUGGAGCUCCAGAAGUUUGGGGUCUCUCUCCUAAAGUUCUCGAACCUGAUUCUGAUGAGCACACACCGGUAGAAGAGGACGAAAAGUCAAAUAAAUCAAGCAGUUCUGAAUCUUCUUCAGAAGAAGAGAAGAAGAAAAGGAAAAAGAAAAAAAAGAAAAAGUCUUCUAAGAAAAGGCGCAGGAAACAUUCAGAAGAUGAUUCUGAAUCAGAUAGCAGCGAUGAAGAUGAGAAAAGAAAGUCUAAGAAAAGAAAGAAAAAGCACAGGAAGAAGAAGUCAAAGAAGAAAAAAAGCAAGAAAGUAAAGGAAGAGAGCAGUGACUCAAGCAGUGACGAUUCAGAUGAUGAAAAACUGGAAAAAGAUCAAUGGGUUGAGAAAACAAAAAAUAAUUUAGAUGAGUUUGAAUUUGUGGGACCAGAAGCACCAAUUACACAUCUGUCGCAAGAUGAUAGACCAUUGAAUUAUGGUCAUGCUCUGCUGCCUGGUGAAGGUGCAGCCAUGGCAGAGUAUGUGAAAGCCGGGAAGCGAAUUCCAAGAAGAGGUGAAAUUGGCCUAACGAGCGAUGAAAUUGCUUCGUUUGAGAAGUCUGGCUAUGUGAUGAGCGGUAGCAGACAUCGCCGUAUGGAGGCUGUGCGUCUGCGUAAGGAAAACCAGAUUUACAGUGCAGACGAAAAGAGGGCCCUGGCGUCAUUCAACCAAGAGGAGAGAAGGAAACGUGAAAACAAAAUUUUGUCCAGCUUCAAAGAGAUGGUUUAUAGAAAGACAAAAGGAAAGGAGGACAAAUAAGCUAUUCACUGUGCACUCCAGUUAUUCUUGUGCUACGGAUAUCCUCUGCCUUUUAAAUGGAGGACAUCUUUGUUUAAAACAUAACAUGUGCAUGGAGAAUGAUGAAACAACAAUUGUAUUGUGUUUUCAUAUCUUAUGCAGUUGGUGUUACCAAAUAGCAAGCUCUAAUCUAGAGAUCAUAAAUGUGUGUUUCCCUUUUUUGGUAAAUGUGAAUAGUUUUGGAAUAGUAUAUGCAAUGUUUGAGCUUUAAUGCUUCAAGAAUCUUAAGUCCCCUCUGCAGUAGACAGCAGGGACAAGCAUUUAAAUUAUAACAGCAUCCAUUGUAAUUUUGCAGCAAAUGAUCAUUUGAACUAAAUCAAUGUAAGUUGUCAGUCUUUAAAAAAAAAAAAAAAAAAAGUUUUUUUUAAUAAAAUUAUUGUUGCUUUCCUUUCA